GCUAUAAGUACUCCGAUGAAGACGUGUCCCAGUUCACCGGUGCCGAAAGAGCUGUGUUGUGCCAAAGUGUUGGAAAAUGGGAAAUUGGAUUAUUAACAAUGGGUUGUCAGCACUCACUCUGGUGGUGUGGAUGGGGAUAAAUAUAUUCCUGUUUGUGUACUUCUAUUUUCGCUAUGACCUGAGGGAUGAGUUUUACUACACUCGCCAUAUUCUAGGGGCUGCCCUUGCCUGGGCUCGUGCGCCUGCGGCUGUUCUCAACUUCAACUGCCUCCUGAUCCUCCUGCCCGUCUGCCGCAACCUGCUCUCUCUUCUGCGCGGCUCCUUCAUGUGUUGCGGGCGAUCAAUGAGAAAACAGCUGGAUAAAAAUAUCACCUUCCAUAAACUGGUGGCAUACAUGAUUGGCCUGAUGACAGCUGUGCACACCGUCGCCCAUUUGCUGAACAUGGAGUGGUUCAAGAACAGCAGACGGGCGCUGUACGAUGAGCUCAGCACGGCCCUCUCUAGUCUGGACGACACCGACAAUGGAACCUACCUGAAUCCCAUCCGCUCCGUCUCCGCUACACCCACCCUCGUGGUGUUCACCACCAUCGCUGGGAUCACAGGGGUCAUCAUCACCUUGGCACUCAUCCUCAUCAUCACCUCCUCCAUGGAAGUCAUCCGCCGGAGCUACUUUGAGGUCUUCUGGUACACCCACCACCUCUUCAUCAUCUUCUUCGCCGGCCUGGUGAUCCACGGAGCUGGGCGAAUUGUGAGAAGUCAAACUACCACAAACCCGCCACACAAUCACACCUUCUGCAAAAACCGUCCCCAGGACUGGGGGAAGAUAAAGGAAUGUCCCAUUCCGCAGUUUGCAGGAGGCUUCCCACAGACCUGGAUGUGGGUGAUUGGUCCGAUGAUCCUCUACCUUUGUGAGCGCGUGUUGCGCUUCAUCCGCUACAUGCAGACUGUCCGCUACAGGAAGAUUGUGAUCCGUCCAUCCAAGGUGCUGGAGCUCCAGCUGGUGAAGGCAGGCUUCAAGAUGGAGGUGGGCCAGUAUGUUUUCAUCAACGUCCCCUCCAUCUCCCAACUGGAGUGGCACCCGUUCACCAUGACCUCUGCCCCCGAGGAGGACUUCUUUAGUGUGCACAUCCGCUCUGUUGGGGACUGGACCGAAAAACUCAUCAGCAUGGUGGAGCAGCUCCCAGAGGGAGCCCAGGGACCCAAAAUGGCUGUGGAUGGACCUUUUGGUACUGCUAGUGAGGAUGUGUUUGACUACGAGGUCAGCAUGCUGGUUGGUGCUGGCAUCGGCGUGACACCAUUUGCUUCCAUUCUGAAGUCCAUCUGGUACAAGUUCAAAGAGUCAAACCCAAUGUUGCGCACCAGAAAGAUCUACUUCUAUUGGUUGUGCAGAGAGACGCAUGCAUUCGAGUGGUUUGCAGACCUUUUGCAGGUGUUGGAGAGAGAAAUGGAGGAGAGAGGAAUGGGGAACUUUCUUACAUACAAACUCUUCCUGACUGGAUGGGACCACAGCCAUACCGCUCAUGUGAUGGUUCACUUUGAUGAAGACAAGGAUGUUGUGACGGGCCUCAAACAGAAGACCCACUACGGGAGGCCAAACUGGGACCGGGAAUUCGAACAGAUCUCAAAGGAGAACCCCACGUCAGUUGUUGGCACGUUCCUGUGUGGUCCUGCGGCCCUGGCAAAGACCCUAGAGAAGCACUGCAUCAGCUAUUCUGAUGUGGAUCCACGAAAAAUCCAAUUCUACUUCAACAAGGAGAAUUUCUGAGCAAAAGAAAUUUGCAUAUUCAUCUUGAAGAACCUGCUCUUCUGUC